GACCCCAGCCAAGCCCAGGGAACUCCCGCCUGUCUUUUUCUUCGGCGGUCUCCCUCACCCUUUCUCUGUGCCUUUCCCGUACUCCCUCUUUUCCUCCUCUCUCCUUCGCCCCCAGCUUCUGCUCUCCCCUUCUGCUAGUCUCUCCCCUACCCCUCCCUCUCGGGCAGGCAUUUCUCGGCUGCGCGCUUCGCCCCAGCGCACGAAGGCUACGGGUCGAGUCCGCGCAGCGCGAGCUCCCGGGAACGCCGUCCCGAAGCUCCCUACGAUCGCGCACUCUGCUGGGAGUCCGCCCUCCGGAAGGGGCCUCGGCCUGGUGGGGACAAGCCAGGCCUGCUCGGCUUUUACUGCCGGGCUCGCGGGAGCAGCCCAGCGCGCGCCGGAGGCGUCCGCGGGAAGGGAACCCCUGUGCGCCGGGAGACGGGCAAGUCGCGGCCCCAGGUCCCGUUGGCCCGCGGAAAAGCUGUGGAAUCCACCCGGAUCGAAACGCCCCUGGCCCGUGUGACCCUACCCCGGGAGAAGCAGUCAAGUUACCCGACAUUGUGGUCAGCUGAAGCAGGAUCGGUGGCUGGAUGCUGCAGCUGCCGGGGUUCGGCGCCUGGGAAGACUCCUGUGUAGGGGAGAGAAGCAGAGAUGCAACAUUUUUAAAGUUUCACAAAGCAUCUGGCUGCAUCCGGGCCCCUGGAGCAGGAGACAAACAGAAUUAAUGUUUUAUACCUUCGGGUAUAGGUUUGAGUUUUUUCCCCCUCAUGCCAAGUAUUUAAAACCUCUAGAAACCCAUGAUUUGACAAUCAAUGAUUGCGCGAUACUUUCAAUUUGAAUAUUCAAAGGCUUAACAAAAUGGACUAUCUUCUGCAGAAACCUUGCACACAGGCACCCCACAGAGAGUCCAGAGAAACAGGGAAUGAGACCCCUUUGGGUCCUAUCCCUUGCUUUUAUUGUAUUUUGAACCUUUUGUCCACCUUCUCACAGACAGAGCAGGUGUCCUCAAAGAUGCUCUGUGUUUCUGCCUCAAAGGCAGCGCAGGAGCCCUGAGUGACCUAGGCUGCCUUCGGUGACCUCCUGAGCCAGGCUGGCUGGCCAGACUGAUUAUUACACCCCCAAUCUCCGUUUUAGGGGAAAAUCUCAGGUUUGGGGGAGUGAACAUGGCAGCCAGGGGGUGUGGCAUGGCCAGGAGUGACUCUGGGCCCAGGUUGCAGGCCCAAGGCCCAGGGGAGGGCUUCACUCUGCAGCUUGUCUACCUUCUGGCCCCACCUGGCCACGGGUAGGCUUCCCUCCCCUUUUAAUUUCACUCUUCACCUGGGCCCCAAACACUGGGGUUUCAACACGGAUUGUCUGCCCAUUAAGACCCUUUGCUCCUCCCCACGGAGCUGGGGAUACCCAUAGGCCUCGCUCUCUGCCCUCUGAGAUUUUCUGAGGCUAGUGGUUCUUCACUGUGAGGCUUCCUCUCCUUCUCUCCUCUUUCUCUCUCGAGAGCUGUCCCUGCUGUUUUUACUUAAGGAGUAAAUGUUGAGAAAUGGUGACACACUUGGCUCCUGCUCAUUUUAGCUGUAAGAAGAUCAUGGAUUUGUGUUCAAGGCUCCUCACUUAGGGGUGAGAGGCAGAGGGGAUUUGAGGUCAGGCUGCCCCGUAGGUCCAGGUCUGACCCCUCACAUUUGCCUUGGGACUGUGUUGGGUCAUCUCCAACGACUUGCUGUGCUGCUUCCGUGUGGUUUAGAAGCCUGUGAGGACAGGUGUGGUCCAGAGAGGGAGUCAGAGCCAGGCCAAAUCCUCUCCUAGACCCAGAGGGAAGGAGGAAUACUGGAAGACAGAGGGAGAAGACUGAAGUGAAGCAGGGUGGGGUGCCCUGUGCAAAUAAGCCCAGAUAGUCCCAUGAUGCCAGGCCAGAUGGGAGGCACGGGCCUCUGCUCUUUGUUCCCUGAGUUCUCUGAAAGUACAAAAGUGUAUCUCACCCCAGAAAAAUAUCUGAAUGCCCUUGGCUGUGUCUGGUGCAGGGAGGAGCUUACGGAGGUGGAGGAGAGGGGCUCUGUGAGAGUGAGGAGAUAGGAGAGCCUGUGCUGAGUAGGGACUGCUUAGCUGCUGAAGCCAUGGCUUUGGGGGAGAGGGUCAGAACUAGGAACACCUGAGGGGGUACCUGGCCAUGGAAGGCAGGAUGUAUGUCCCAGGCCAGCUGCAGUCUUUUAGCCUCUGAAUCCUCGUAAGCCUGUGUCCUGGGUUUCUGUGAUGGAAGACAGGCCUGAGGAUCAGAUCUUGAGGGGAGGGAAGGGUGGAGGGAGUGGUGGGAGCCCAUAGUUCCUCUCUUCCCUGCUUGGGCACUGCUCCUGAAGGAACAGUGAGCAAAGCAGCCUCUGAACCUCCCCACCCAGGCUCUACCUGAGCCUCUGCUUGAAAUUAAGGAUGUCUUUUUGUGGAAACCAUGGUGGCAUAGUAGUUAAGAGCUACAGCUGCUAACCAAAAGGUUGGCAGUUUGAAUCCACCAGGUGCUCAUUGGGAACCCUAUGGGGCGGUUCUACUCGGUCAUACAGGGUCACUGUUUUUUUUUUUUUUGUUGUUGUUGUUGUUUGUUUUGUCCCUGUAGAAGUCCAGGUGGCACGGUGGUUAAGUGUUCAGCUGCUAACCGAAAGGUUGGCAGUUCAAAUCCACCAGCUACUCCUUGGAAACCCUGUGGGUCAGCUCUACUGUGGCCCAUAGGGUCACUAUGAGUUGAGAUCAACUUGAUGGCAGCGGUUUUUUUCUUGUUGUUCCCAUAGCUUCUUUCUUUGCUUCUUUUCUCUUCUGCCUUCCUCCUUUUUAUGUUACUCUUAUUCUUCUUCUUGUUUUUAAUAAAAAUCUUCCUCAUUGUUCGUUCUGUUUAUUUUCUCCCUUUGUCUUAAUUUCUUACCAGACACUUUUUCUCUCUUCCUGUCACUGCUUCUCUCCAUUUCUGGUCUGUCUAGCUGUUUUUCUCCCUGGCCCCUGCAUAUCUCUGUUUUCCCCUGCUUGGGCUGCUCUCUUAUUCUUUCAGGCUUCAUCUCCUUCCUAACCUAUCCUUUCAUGUGGAAAUGGGUAGGGAUGGCAAGAGGCCAUCAUGUUCCCUUGGCAACUUCAUUGCAGUCAGUGCUGACUUGAUACUCUGUGAAGGCAGGCAGGGCUGGGUGAGAGGUGAACUCCUUGGAAGUCCUGGCAUCUGUGGGAACAGCAAAGAACUCUUUGUCUCUCCCUCCAGGAGCCUCUGCUGUGGCAGCAGCCCUGCGGGGUUCCAUGUGGCCCCUCUGUUGCUGGCCAGCAAUUUUAGACAACUGGGCCUCCCCAGGCCUGAGCCCUGUUUUGAGAGAGAGACCCCACAGCUUUUAUCCCAACAUUAA